AAGUAAAAUACAAGAGAAGCUGAAGGUAACCACAGAAAAGAGGAAGAUGAGGUCUGACACACUGCAGCGCCCCGAGAUAUCGUCGUAGAUUGAUUGAUUCAUUUCUAAGUAGUGACCUUUGAAGGGCAUGAUGUCAUCUUCUGUUUCAACACUUCUUUUCAUUUCCACGGAGAGAAAAACCUUAUGAGUGUGGUGUCUGUCCACAGAGCGUCAGAUGGAGUGAACCAGAGCUGUAAAGCAGACCUUGCAGCAACAAGAUGAGAAGAAAGAGGAAGCAGUGAAAGGAGCCUUCGUCAAAACACUUCAAACGCUGGACAUCAUAAAUGGAGAGGAGUCAGAAACCCCGUCUGCUGGUCCUGCUUCUCGCUCUGAUGCAGGUCUGCCAUGGAGAGGGACGUUGUUCGAGUGACCCGGGCAACAAUAUCACCUGCUCCUCUGACUACAACCGUACAAUCACGUGUGUGUGGAACAGCGCGUAUGAUCAUUCAGGCAGUGAGUGCACGAUAGAUGCCUUAAAUAAAGACAAGCCUAGAAGGAAAUCUUCCAACGCUUCAUGCACGCUCAAACCUGUUGAAGGCAGAUCAACGCAAAUGACCUGUAACAUGGAGUUCUUUAGAGACGAAAACUUUCAACCUGCCGAUAUCUUCUCCAUGAAUCUGACCUGUAAUCCUGGGCCGGCCAAUGUGACCAUGUGCUUCCAGCCAGAGCAUCACAUAAAGCUGAACCCUCCACAACGACCUCAUAUCAACUUCACCACCAUUUCCUGGCACCCCCAAGUUAAAAAGAGAUACAAAAUCACACUGUACAAGUGCCAGUUGCAGUGGAAACAAGAGAAGCAGUCAUGGAGUGAUCCGUCUGUGCAGAAAAACACAAAUACUUAUCCAUGGAAGUGGGAAGAAUCAGGGUCCGCUGUAGAGCUUGACGAUGAUUGGCUGAUUCGAGGCAAGAGGUACGAGGCACGCGUUCGAGUGAAGUCCGAAGAGACAGACCAAAGCUCUACCUGGAGUGGCUGGAGCCCCACUGCAUCAUGGGUAUCCACCGUUGGAAGAACGGAACAACCCCAACCACCAUCAGAUCUUGCUUGGCGUGUUUCGGGCCUUUUUGCCGUUGCAGCUGCGAUUGCAGUGUUUCUGGUUAUCGUACGAUUUAAGACUGACAAAACCACCUGGGUUUACAUCGUGAAGAUAAUCAAAGGUCCGCCUAUUCCCAACCCAGAGAAAUCCUUCCUGAAGGAUCUAAAGUUCGAGAGUCGGUCGAGUCCUCACUUCCUCAUCGCUUCGGGGGAACUGGACUCAGUGGAGAUCUCCUCCUGUGUGGACGCAGUGUUGCCGUGCAGCCAGGAGGAGGCGCUGCUGCACAAAAUCAGAAGCGAAAUGACCCACGAAUCCACCAGUUCAGACUUCUCCAACCCCAAUUACUCCCAUCUCCUCCCCCAAACUCCUCCUCCUCCUCCUCCUCCUCCUCCUCCUCCUCCUCCUCCUCCUCCUCCUCCUCCUCCUCCUCCUCCUCCUCCUCCUCCUCCUCCUCACAUGUCCUCCAUCACAGCAGGGAACCUCCCUCAAUGCGUCUCCGACGCUCCUUACGGGCCGGUGGGAGGUCAAAGAAGUGAAAAGGAAACGGAUGAAGACAGAGGGAAGAAGGAGGAGGAGGAAAUCCAUCAGUUGUUCUCUAAAGGGAGUGAAGCCAUGCUGCUGGUUUCAGACUAUGAGAGGGUGGAGGAGUUAAAGGGGGAGAGAGGGAGGCUGCAGAGCUUAGAUUCAGGUGUUGGUAGUGGGGGAGAGGAGGUGAGUCAGGAGAGCAUGGAGGAGGUGAGUCAGGAGAGCAUGGAGGAGGAGAGCAUCACUGUGGAGGAGAGGGAGGAAGGGAAUGAGGAGGAGAGGAAGGAGAAAGCGCAGAGGGAGGAGGUGAAGGAGGAGGAGAGAGAGAAGGAGGAGGAGAGAGAGGAGGAGGAGGAGGAGGAGAGAGUUGAUUUCCACAAGAUGUUUGGAGGUGGGGGCAUUCAGGUGUGCUCUGGUUAUAAAAAGAUGCACCUGGUAGAGGAAGAGGAGACAGAAGAACUCCUGCUGUCUCCUCCUUCCUCCUGCUCCUCCCCCUCUCUCCCCUCUCUCCCCUCUCUCCCCUCUCUCCCCUCUCUGGGCUUCUCUGAGGGUUUGAAACCUGACCUCCUGGAGAGAAUGUCUCUGAUGAGCCGCAGCCGGUCAGUGGCGCCCUCUGGUGACGGAUACAUGCCGGUACGACAGGAACAGAGCUGACAAAUAAAUACAUUAUUCUCAGACAGUGUUUGCUCCGUCGCCUGCAGCUGGUCCAAAAUGCGGCUGCACGCCUUCUUACCGGGAAGAGACGUUAUGACCACAUCACACCUUCCUGCCAGUUACAGGAUCCAGUUCAAGUACUUACUUGUUGUUUUUAAAUCUUGCAUGGACUGGCACCACGUUACCUGUCUGCGUUGUUGCACCGCCAUGCUCCAGCUAGAGCACUGCGCUCAGCUCAGCAGAACAUGUUGGUGGUUCCUCGGAGCAGGAAACCCCAGAGGUCAGAGGGCUUUCAGUGUUGCAGCUCCCAGACUGUGGAACAGCCUUUCUUUCUUUUCUUUACUGUCAUUACGUAGUACAGGUAUCAGUAAGUGGUUUCUCUGCAUUUGACCCAUCCUAGUGUUAGGAGCAGUGGGCGCCCGGGGAGCAGUGCCUUGCUCAGGGACACCUCGGUAGCACUUGGUCUUGCCGGGGCUUGAACUGGUGACCUUCCAGUUGCCAAGCCAAGUCCCUAUGCACUUGGCCACCACCGCGCAGCCUCCCAGUACAUGUAGUACCGGGCUGCUGAAUCUAUUGAACUUUUUAAAUCUCAUCUGAAACUCACCUCUUUGCACUGGCUUUGAAGACUAUCAUGUUUUUAAUGAUUCUUUUAUUAUUUUACUCCCAUUGUGUUCUUUGAUAUUGUAUUGAUUGCCCUACAGCACUUUGGUCAACUGAGCUUGUUUUAAAUGUGCUAUAAACACACAGAUUGAUUGAGAACAGAAUUGGGGGAAAAGCUUUUAAAUAUACUGCUGUGUGGAAUAAUGUGCAGGUGUCAUCACUUUGGGGAAGUUCAGGUCCAUCUUGAAGGACAGAGAACACAGACUCAAGGUCGAUGUGCUUGCUUUUUUAUCCCCUCAUUGAGUUUUUUGCUCUAUAACAAUUUGUGUUAUUUGCAUAUCGACUGGCCAUUUCAUUUGUGUUUGACGACAGCUGUGUUUGUCUGCCUGUCUGCUUUGUGUUGUAAACAUUGUUGAUGCUCCUCUUGGCCCGACUGCCCUUUCAAAAUAGAUGUUUAUCUCAGAGUCUUUUGGAUUACCUGAAAAUAAACCCGACAGCGGCAGUUUUCAUUUCAAUUGUAUUUAUUUAGUUAGCCGCUACAGUAUACUGGUGUCAUAGAUGUCUUUAUGAUUGACUCUUUAAGUACAAUCUUUACAUAUUUAUAAAAACAUUUUGAUACUGAACCGUUAAAAUAUGAUUCGUGAAACAUGUAUAAUAUAUAUGAACCCAUGUAUGGCAGCUGUUUCACAAAGUACUGACGGGAAAGAUGAAUAUUUUCAUGGACAAAACUUGAUUUGAAUCUGAAUGUCUUCAGUUGUUCUCAUCGCUGCAGCUAUUACCAUUCAUUGUCCUGUUGUUGCUUCUCUGUACAUUGUUUUUAUAAGAAGAAUAAGUGUUUUUAUAAAAUACAUGAGAAGUAAA